UUUGCACACCUGUUUCUCUUGCUUCGACCUCCGAAGCCCGCGCCUGUUGGGACGGGUUCCUUCAAUCAUAGACAUCUCAUCUAGAGACUUUUAAAUAUAAUAAACGAUGUCGCAUCUGGCACCAACUGCUAAAUGGGACGCAAGAUACAUUGGUCCCAUACCUCAUGACGCUACAUACUAUGCGAAGUGCAUGCUCGGUGGUGCUCUUGCAUGCGGUAUCACUCACGCCGCCCUCACACCUCUUGAUGUGGCCAAGUGUAACAUGCAGGUCAACCCUACGAAAUACAAGGGCGCCAUAUCUGGUCUUGCCACGAUCAUUCGUGAGGAAGGUCAGGCUGGUAUCUGGAAAGGCUUCGGUCCUACCCUUGUCGGUUACUCGUUGCAAGGCAUGUUCAAGUUCGGUCUCUAUGAAGUGUUCAAGGACCAGUACAUGAACUUGGCUGGCGAAGAGCUCACUAACAAAUACAAGCCCGCUAUCUGGCUCGUUGGUUCCGCAUCGGCAGAGGUCUUUGCUGAUAUCGCUCUCUGCCCUCUCGAGAUGACCAAGGUCAAGAUCCAAACUAGCCCUACUGGCACAUUUCCCACUGCAUUCGGUGCUGCCCUUGCAGAGAUGAGCAGGACAAAGAUCCCCUACACCAUGGCCAAGUUCUGCUGCUAUGAGAAGAUCCCCAAAGAGACGUAUUCGAAGACCACUCAGCUCGGUAUCACUUUUGCUUCUGGUUAUCUCGCUGGUGUUGUCUGCGCUGUUGUCUCCCACCCAGCUGACACCGUAGUCUCCCUCAUGGGCAAGCCUACCAACAAGGGCAAAAGUAUUGGUACUAUCGCAUCGGAAACUGGCCUAGUCACACUUGCAACCAAGGGUCUCGGUACCCGCGUAUUGAUGAUCGGUACUCUCACUGGCUUCCAAUGGUGGAUUUACGACACCUUCAAGGCAUCGAUGGGUCUAGGCACCACUGGUGGCAAGUAGACUGCGCACUUUUCUGCACUGGUAAAUAUUUACCCCUGGAAGUAUAUAGUUUUUAGUUUACCUGGUUUAUUCCCUUUUGCUAUCUUACCUAGUACACUCCACUAUUUUUUCGGCAUACAAUAGAUCACGAUUGUAUUACGACCAAUACCACUCCACUCUCCUCACAA